GAAUAAAUUCGCAAAUGCAAGUCUGCCCCAAUAAGACUGAAGUAUUGUCGGUAUUUCGGUAAGAAGGUUAAAAAAAAAAACAGAAGGAGGAAGAGGAAAAUUGGCACCGAGGAUCGCGGCCGCCCCCAUCGCCCUCUCCCACUCUCAGGAUGAUGUUUCAGAACAAGGAUCUAUCGCGCUGUGUCAUGCAGCUAGUGACUGGAUCUGUGCCGAAUAAACAUCGAGGUUUGCUUGGUGGGCUGCCGGUGCUCGCUGUGACUUUAAAUUUCGGGGGGUUUGUGUGGUUGGUGUGGUUGUCUGGCCGGACUGCGCCUCAACAGUUGUGUGAUUGUUUGGAUUGUCAGUAUAGUAUGGUUCAGUUAUACUCAGUAAUAAUUGAGCAUUGCUUCAUUCCUUUGUUCAGAUGCUGUUGCUGUUCUGUUGUUGUCGUCAUAGACCUUUUUGGCCCCCCCUGGAUCACCACUUGUGGCCCAUUUGCUUCCUUUCCUGCCUUUUGUUUUUUUUCUCCCACCUCCCUCCGUAGUAGGUCCAAUUGCGGUGGCGCCGUAUUGUAAGCAUCCUGUUGAGGACUCCUAGCAGAUCGGAAUUUGGAUUCGGUCCACGUAUGGAUGUAGGCCGAUGGGUACCAGAUGGGUAAGGUACGAAGUGUCCACCACACGGUACUGGGGGCGGGAGUCACAAGUGGUUCCAGAUACUUCUCUAUCUUCGGUCUGAGUCUAAUCUCGAGAUCGCUCACUGUCAG